AGUAGUACUGCACCUGUCCUCGCUAAAACCCCAAAGUAAGCCCCAAUCCAACCCUAAUAAAACUCCUUCCCUUUGCCCAUUCUAUCAAAUUUUCCCUCUCUCUCUCAAAUUUUCUCUCCCUCAAAAAACCCUUCACUCCUUUCCCUCUCUUUUCUAAUUUUUUUUUUAGAUUCACCCAAAACCCGACAACCCACACAUGGGGAAGUACAUGAAGAAGUCCAAAAUCGCCGGUGACGUCGCCGCCGUGAUCAUGGAGGCUCCGCCGCCGCACUCCCACCUCGGCGUCCGCACCCGCGCCAAGACUCUCGCCCUCCAGAAUACCUCCCCGGACUCCUCCGCCUACCUCCAGCUCCGCAGCCGCCGCCUCCUCAAGCUCCCCCCUACCCCGCCGGAAAAUCCCCGCCGCUCCGCCGCCGAAACCGCCGCCAAUUCCCGCCUCGCCAAAACGACGUCGUCCCGUAACGCCGAAAAGUUCGCAUCUUUCGAUGACGACAACAAUACCGAAUGCUCUUUCGGCGAAAAUUUCUUAGACGCCGAACCCAGGGAGGAAAGGAGCACCAGGGAAAGCACCCCUUGUAGUUUUAUAAGGGACUCAAAUGCCAUUCAUACCCCUGGUUCAACCACAAGGCCAAGGACUCGCCAAAUAAUCCAUGAGCACAUCCAAAGAAACAUUCCAACGGCUUAUGAGAUGGAGGAGUUCUUUGCUUAUGCCGAGAAGCAGCAACAAACAAUAUUUAUGGACAAGUACAAUUUCGACAUUGUCAAUGAAGUACCUCUGCCUGGACGGUACGAGUGGGUCCCAGUACUCCACUAGGAGUGUCAUAUGGUGAUAAUAUGGGAUUUCAAGAGCCAUUAGACUUGUAUUUUAAUUUUAACAACUAGAAGAAGCUUUGACUAACCAUUUAGAUUGCUUGAGGCUCUUGUUUAACAAGCUACAAGGGAAAGGAUCUGUUUAGAAAUUUCCAAUAUCCGAUUAGUAGUUUAGUAGUGUCUUUCUGAUCUGUAGGGUGUAGGGGGGGUAUAUGGUAUAUCUAGUUUCUAAGUCAUCUUUAAUGUAAUUUCAUUACCUUCUGUUUAUAUAAUUCAGCGGGGAUUAGACAUGAUGUUCUUGUAGAGAGGUAGUACUCAUCCAUCUUAGUUCUUCAUGCUGGAAAUUUGGCUUACUGAAGUUUUAACCUUGGGGACCAUCUUAAUGAAUGUCUUAAUGUCAGCGAA